AAAGCAACCAUUUCACAGCUGUCAAAUUGACGAGAGCGGUGAAAGAGCAAGCGUGGGAAAAACGUGGAUCGUGUUUCAGAAGACGAGCAGCACAAUUGCGAAGCUACUGAAUUUUAUUGGGAUAGUUUGUUCGUUCAUCGUUUUAUUUGUUAAGUUUGUAGUGUUCUGUCCGUGCGCAGCAAACAUUCCAGCAUGAAUCAGGAGGAGGAAAUCCCGACAAGAGUCACCCGUGGUGCUCUUCGUCGGCGUUCAGUUGACCAGGAACCGACCCCACAAAAACCGAGUGGUACGGCUGGAACCGGAACGCCUAAGAAAACGAACAGCACUACCAAGAGAGUUAAUGCUCUAAACCCGAUACAGGAGAGUGAAGGUCGCCCGUCCACUCCAAUAGCAGGCCGUAACACACGACGCCGUAUGUCGGAAACCAUCGAUACUCCAACUUUGCCCAAUAAAUUGGUACAGAACCUCAAAGAGACGGUAAUGAGCUCCGAGCCCGGCAAGCGUUCACGUAAUACUUCUCUUACUGAGGAGAAUUUGAACGAACUGAACGAGGGAAGUAGCGGAAUGCUAUCAACCCGCUCACGUACGCCUGCUCGUGUUCGUGCGUCUCAUGAAACUCUGAUUACUACCAGCUCUCCACUAACUUUAACUCCUGCCGUACGGCGCUCUACUCGGCGCAACAGUGUCACCUCCGACGACGGAAAUAUUUCAGUACAGUCGCUUCCUAUCACUACCCCGAAGAUGAAUUCGGGUCUGCGUGCUCUAAAGGAUGACACCAUUAUCGAGGAAGACGCCGGUGAUGAUCGAGCUGAAUCGGUAUCAUCGGAGAACUCUGUUCGCCAAAUGCGAAGCCAUUCGUCUUUGUCAUAUUUGGGGCCUGCUAGUCCACGCAGCACUACUGCGAGUCCAGUGUUGACUGCAAAACAUGAAUCAACACCACCGCGCACCAAUACCACUCCUCGUGUUACAUUAACCCCGAGUUCGCUGUCCAAAAUGUCACCACGGUCUAAAAAUAUUUCCUUCGGCGAUGAUACCAAACGAGAAGAUAUUCAGAGCUCAUUUUCCAAAACGCCAACAUCCUUGUCAAAGAAAGUUUUUAUCGUCGUGGAAGAUCUGCGAAACUGCGAGCUCAAGGGUGUUUCACCCAAGGCGGAUGCAAUAAUUGAUAUUUCACCGAAAACAGAGGAAGCUGAGAAACAAGAACAAUCCGUCAAUUCAUCUACGAUGUGCGAAAAUGUAGAGCAUGACAAUCAGGCAUUGAACGAGACCGUUCAGAGUACCAAUGAGGAAAAAACGAAUGCCUCUACAUCCGUUGUCGCUGUACAAAACGAUGAAUGUACCGUGGGAAAGGUCAGCGAUAAUAAUGUCAGUGGAAUCGAUGUACUGGAAGCAUCUGUAAAAGAAGUGGCCGACACAAAAUUGGAAGAUAUUAUCACUGUCAACGAUAGCAUUCGUUCUACAGAUCAGUCCUUGUCGGAAGGAAACAAAUUUGCACAGUCUUGGUCACAAUCAGUGCGACGUUCUGCUACAACAGGUAUAGACGAAUACAGCAUUCGCAAACAGGAAGAAGAGAAACGACUCGAAGAGGCGAAAGAAUCCUUGCAAAAGGUUCAAAUGGACUCAUCGUUUAAAGCAAGUUCGCCAGCAGCAAGUCAACAUUCACCGGAUAAGAGGGAAGACGAAGAAGAGGACGAGGCAGAAAUGGAGCAACGAAAUGAGUUUGUGGAUGACGAGGCGCUCGAAGUGGAAGACUAUCAGUCGUGCGACUCACUGGAUGAUGAUUUAAAACGGGAAAUGGAAGAAAACGAAAUUCCGGAUCAUGGUGAAGAUCUGGGAAGUGAAGACACGGAGGAGAACGACGAUCAGGAAGACGAUGAAGAUGAGAAUGAUUCGUGGGUUGUCUCUGAUGACGAUGAAGAAGCUUUGUUGCGCAGUUCAAAUGAGGAUCUGACUUCAUCAACUUCACUAAAGAAAUCAAAAACUAUCAAUCGGCGACGCAUUGUAGACAGCGAGGAACAGGAAGAAAAGGAAAACAGCAUUGGUUUCGAGAAAAAAUCUUCGCCUGUGAAAUCCCCGAAAAGCAACACCAGCAUCAGACGUUCGGUGACACCGGUUUCGGUGCUGCAGACCAGUAUCGUCGAAACGAAGGAGAACAACUUGGUGGGAAGUUUGGUAACAUCUGUUACUGACGCGACACCUACAAAAACGUCAAUUUCUCCAGUCAAAAUAUCUUCUAACAAGAAACAACUUUCCGAACCAGUUGAUGUUGAAUCGUCUGAAAAGGAGGAUGAAGCGACAGAUUGUAGCGCGGUUAUGUUUGAGGAUGCUAAUGAGAUGAAGGAAAACGGUCAUCAAAACGAUAAGGAAAUGGAAAACGAUGCAUUGUUGUCAACAUCUCCUAACAAAAUCGGUACUUCCCGUAAAAGCUUACCAAUUGAUGUUGCAAACCUUAAAGAGCCACACGGUGUCGCUGAUGCUCGUAAAAGCCUUCCCGCGAGUGUAAAACUGCAGACGGAUGAGAAGACCGAUGAGGCUGAAGUGGAGCCUGAAAUCGAUAAUAAUGAAAAUAAGGAAGAAAUAAUUGAUUUGGAGGAAAAUGUGGAAGUAGAGACUUCCGUAUACGAUGACAAUAAGGCACUAAAUGAGUCGUCAUCAUCGCAAGUGACAUCAGAGCAGCCUGUGGAUGAAAUGUCCAAACUGGAUCGGAAGUCCAUGCCGCCCAUAUCCCUUGUUUCUGCACAGUUUUACAUUGGCGAAACAAAAAAGCGCAACACUGUUGGUGGAGGGAGUACUAAUAUGUCAACAUCCACUCCCAAGCAAAACGGAUCAUCGGCGGUAACGGAGAAAAAGUCAGUAACAGCGGAGAAGACGAAUUCGAAGAUCAACAACUCGAUCGUGCCAAAUCCAUUUGCACUUGCCAACGGUGCAAAACUGAAGUCACGUGCGUCAUUAGAUUCGAGUACAGCGAUUAAACAGAAUGUAAAAAAAUCGCGCCUCUCUUUGCCAUCAAAAUUCGUCGAAGAAGAUGUGCCCUCUGAGUCAGGAGUUGGUGUGAAUGGUUCGCAGGAACCGGAACCUAUGGAAGUGGACGAAGUGAUCGAAGAGGAACACGUGGCGAAUGAGGAAGCAACCAAGCAAAACGACAAUGGAGAAGCGGAUGAUGAUGUUUCGGUACAGGAAGUGCAGGUGGAUGAGAAACAACGCACUAAAAAAGAUAAACCCAAACCCAAACCCAGGGCCUUUGAGGAUUAUGAUUUAGGUAACAUACUGGUCCGUUGCAAUGAUUUCAUGCGGGAGGAGAUACAGCGCAAAAAGCAACUAGCAUCUGUUUUGCGCAAGAAAAAGGUAGAGAAAAAGCGACUGCGAGAGUUGGAAAAACAAGAAGAACUGGAAUUGGCCAAAAACGCCACCAAAACUCCAUCCAACAAUGAUGCUGAUCCAAACAACGCCAAUGUCUCGACCGGUAAUGACUCCAGUGGCCAGGGCGAGGAACCGACAAAGAAAAAGAAGAAGAGAAAGCCUAAGACGAAGAAUUAUUUACUGGAGGAGCUGGCUGAAACGAAGAAGGAACGAUUGGAACAGGCUUUACGGCGUAAGCUGCAAGUGAUCGAACGUCGAAAGCAGUCCAAAAAGGAUCGUCAGCUUGAGAAGAAGAAACAGCUGAACAAGGAAAAUGGGGACAGCGCAAAUGUAACGGGAGGCAUUGGAGCUAAGCUGGAAAAAAUGAAGAAAAAACAAAAAGCAAAAACAAGCGACAAAGCUAAAGCAGUUGGGGAAAAUGAGUCGAAAGAUCCAGCAGUUCGUGUGGCCAUUUCGGCAUUUGCCGUUUUUAAUCAACUGACGAACAAUCAAGUUCAGUUGCCAUCUUCGGAAGCUGCAGUUGAUGGAAAUCGAAUGGCGCCAUCAAGCAAUACGCAUGUGGCAGUUUCGCCUAAAGAAAAGAAGCAACUGCUGAAAUCACCCGCAAAGAAAGAGUCAUCAGAUCAGCAGGAAAAUACGAAGGAAAUUGUAAAGACACAUAACCUCUCUGAUGUGAAAGAAAGCAAAAAGGGACCACAAACGGAACCCCUUGGAAAAAAGAUCGAAAAUGGAAAGGAAAAGCUGCUAGCGUCUACUAUCGAGCGCCAAACGUCAAGUGCGGAUACUAUUGCUGUUAGCAAGAAGAAACAAAACUUGACCGUGCAGCCAGAAGAUUUGCUGAUUCCGAACAACAAAAUGAAUCCUCCAUUAUUGCAAUCUGCAAGUGAUGGUUUGAAGGAGAAUGCAGGAAAGAUCUCUAAGAAACACAAAAAGAAGCAAAUGAUGGCGCUCGCUUCAGAAGGUUCGGAAAACAUUCAUCAAAAGGAGGACGCAUUUUCAGGUGCGCAUAAAAUAUCCGCCGGUGAUGCGGUGAAACCAGUCGAGGUUAAAGUAACAGCUGAAACCAAACCAUAUUCCAAUGAUGAAAAGCCGAAGGAAAAGAAGCGAAAAAAAGAACAUGUAGCAGAACUAACGCUUAUUGAAGCUGAUUCUGAUAUUCCAAAACAAAAGAAGAACAAAAAGAUCAAACGGAACGGAGCUGCAGAAGAUCCUGCAAAGCUUACAAGUGCCAUCGGUGAGCUGCGUCCCGAAGUAGAGCAGAGCGAAAACAUAAAUAGAAAUAAGAAAAAACUCGCUUCUCAGGCAGAAAACGGUGCGAUGGUGGUUGGAAACACGAAUGAAUUGUCUCGCAAGAAACCAACAUCCGUCGUGAAGGAACCUACAAAGCCGGACGCGUCGAUCGCUCCGGCAAAAAAGCGUAAACGUGAGCAGCAGGGUGACAGUUCGGUAGUUUCAACGCCCCGACCGGCGAAGCACACGAAGCUGCGCGUCCUGCAACGCAUCGAAAGUGGCGGUUUCUUCGUGGAAAAUGUGACGCCGGAUAAGGUGCGGCUGAAGCGCAACUUUGGCUUCCAGGAGCGACCAGCGACACCCGCUAAGCAGCUUGGUUUUAAGGUUACCUCUAUUCUACCUACCGCACAGGAAGAGCUACGAGGCAUGGCAACAGCCUCUAAAACGUAUUCCAAGGACGGGCAAAAGAAGUCCAAGUUCGGAGAUGUCGUGAAAGAGCAGAACUUGAGCUUGCCGCAACCGGUGUGGACCAGCUCGGGUGUAUUUUUUGAAUCUGCUACCGAUUGUAAUGAAGGUGAUAGUGUUCAAAAGAAAACUCAUAAAUCAGGUAUCAAACAGCUAAAGGUUCAGGGUAAGGGUGAAUUCAAUGUCAAAGCACUUCGACCUGGACAGAACGCAGAAAAACCUCAUCGCGUAGACCCGACCACAGUUGAACAAUCUGUGUUGAACUUUAAGCGACAACAACUUAUCGAAAAGACAGCUCAUUUGCGCGUAAAGCAGAAGACUCAGCGUGUGUGAGAGACGUAUUGAUGUGCUACUGUGUCAGCCUUAACAAGCAUUGUACAUAAUUGGUUUCGAUUUUGUUCUUUUUUCACACACAAGCAUUAAACUAUCAUUAAAUUGUCUUGUGUUCUUCUUUAUAAACCAGUGAAUGAUCCUAAUAUUACAUGCGAUAUAUGCGGAAUUGUCAAAAUGGAUAUUCAAUAAAUUAAAUUACAUUACAAAAAUUAUAA